GUGAGUGUGUGUGUGCGCUUAAGACGGCGCAGCGUGCGCAGUGUGAAUUGGCGUAGGCACUUUUAUAGCGGAAAGAUGCCACAUGCACACACAAACGCAGAAACCUUCUAAAUAUCAACACCAUCAUCUCAUUCACUCUCACAACAACAAACAGAAUGUCUGACGCAAAUGGACCUCCUCGUGAGGAAUUGGCUCAAAUAUUCAAACACUUGAUCUCAUUACGCAAAGAGAAUAAACAAUGCUUUGAUUGUGGUGCAAAAAAUCCUUCUUGGGCAAGUGCAACGUAUGGAAUUUAUAUUUGUUUAGAUUGUUCUUCACGUCAUCGUAAUAUGGGUGUUCAUAUCAGUUUUGUUCGUUCAACAACGCUCGAUUCCUGGUCUUGGUCUCAGUUACGAUUGAUGAAAGUUGGUGGAAAUGGUCCUGCUUUUGAUUAUUUCUCGAGACAUGGCGGUAGUUCAUUCCUUUCUCCUGCCGCAGAAGCAAAAACAAAAUAUACAUCUGGAACGGCAAGAAGUUACAAAGAAGAGCUCACAAAACGAGUACAGGAAGAUGCAAGAGGUGGGCCUGUAGGUGCUCGAGUCGCUUUCCCAGGUUUAUCUUUGAAUGGCGCUGCUGGAGGUGCUUCUUCUAAUGCCCCAGCCUCGAGUGCAGCAAAAGGCGGCAAUGAUGAAGAUGACUUUUUCGAUGAUUGGGACAAACCUGCUGCACCGAAAGCAGCUCCAGCCAAAGCAGCUCCAACAGGUCCUCCUGGUAUUGGCGUAAGAAGGCCUGCCGCACCAACACCCGGUGCAGUUGCUGCUUCUGCCGUGCCAACAAAUGCAGGAUCCGCUACAUCUUCUGGCUUCAAUACUCCUGAACGUAGCUCAACACCCACAACAACCACAUCCAAAACAUUGAACGCAGGCAGAUCGACAAGUGGAGCAGGCGGACGCAAAGGAGCGUUGGGUGCAACGAAAAUCAAUGCAGGUGGAUCAGGUUUGGCAAAAGGUAAGCUAGGAGGUGUGAAGAAGGCUGCCGCACCAAUCGACUUCGAAGAAGCGGAGAGAAAGGCAAAAGAGGAAGAAAAGAAAGCAAAACAAAUGGAAGAACAAGCUUUGAAAGAGAAAGAAAGCUUUGAACAAGCAGAAGCAAUGGCAAAAGCUGCAAUUCAAGCGGCAAGUGCAAGUCAAGCUGCAGCACAAGUGGCAAGCGCAAGCAAUGGAUCUGCUGCUGCACCUCAUAGUCCACCAGGCAAUCGUCGUACGAGUCAAGAAGUAGAACGUUUAGGUAUGGGUUUUGGGCGUUUGAAUAUGGGAGCUCAACGGGUGGCCGCACAAAAUGCACGUAGCAAAGAAGCUGCCGCUGCUGCAAAUGGAUCUGCAUAUGAUGAGCCAAGUUAUGCGAGAACAAAAUUCUCCGCUCAAAAGUCCAUUUCUUCUGAUCAAUAUUUCGAACGUGGAGGAUAUGAUCCAAAUAUGUCUUCCGAAGCAAAAGAAAGAUUACAGAGCUUCGCUGGUCAGACCAGUAUUUCAUCCAAUCAAUACUUUGGUCGUGAUGACGAAGAGGAAGAAGGAGGUAUGGGCGGAGGCGGUGCCGGAUAUAGUGGCGCAGCGGCAAAUGGUGAAGAUUGGGCAGGUGACUUUGAACAAACUGCAAGAGAUUAUUAUCAACGCUUUAUGGCCAAUCCGGACGUUCAAAGUGGAAUCGAAUCAUUCCGUUCAGGUGCGAUGAAAUUAUCACAAUAUUUGGAGGACAUGUCUCGUAACGGUGGAUGAUUCCUUCUUUCUUGAUGUCCCUUUAUCUUCUUUUACCACCUUCAUGCAAUGAUCUAAUCAUCAGAUUAUAACAAUGAGACCAUACAUAUACAAUACAUAUGCUAUUCAACCCCAUGAUAAUGCGAUGUAAUGUGUGACGCCGUAGUAAAUCAAGGUGGAGGAGAGA